AUGGGGAGAGACCCUCAACACUGGGAAAAUCCUGAUUGCUUUAUGCCUGACAGGUUCCAAGGUUGCCGGGUUGAUUUUCGAGGGAACGACUUCAAAUUUAUUCCAUUUGGGGGAGGUAAGAGAAUGUGUACAGGCAUAUUAUUUGGAACUACAUCCGUUGAGCUUGCACUUGCUCAACUGCUCUACCACUUUAACUGGAAACUCCCUCCCCACUCCCCUCCUGUUGUCUUAAAAAAUGCCUUUAAUGCCACUGAAGAAGAAGAAGAACAAGAGCAACAGCAACAGCUUCAGCUUGACAUGAUGGAACCUAUCAAGUUGGCUGCUAUCAAGAAGAAUGACUUGUAUGUUACCGCCAUUCCAUUCAUUCCAUGA